ACUCUUUUUUGAGUUCAAAAUUUCCAGUAAAAUAUUUUUUUCUAAUAUUCCCCCCAAAACUAACAAAAUAAAAAUAAAAAAUGGCGGUGCGACCUGUAGGACCUGGCCCGGGAGCUUAUAUGCUGCCCCCCACUGUGGGCUACGAUCGUCACGAUUCGCGUAAGCAGCGCCUACCCCAGUAUUCCUUUGGAAUGCGAACCAACUUUCAGGGGACCAACAUUGGACCUGGCGCCGGUGCCUACAAGGUCGACAAGCUGACGAGGUAUGGCAAGGCUGGCGGCUUGGAGUACUCGAUAGCGCCCCGGUUGAACACCAUUGAUAAAAGAUUUGGUCCCGGACCUGGGGCACAUGAUGUGCAUCUAAAGCCCUUCUUCACGGGCAUCAAUGCACCGUCCUACUCCAUGGGUCUGCGCACUGACUACAAUUUCAAGAGGCACGGACCUGGCCCGAAUGCCUACAAGUAUGACAUCAACACCGUGAAACAAGCCGCACCGGCAUACAGCAUGGGGCUGCAAACAAAGACGCUCACAAAGGGAAUGUCACCUGGUCCUGCUGCCUACGCUCCUGGCGAUAUCAAUGUGAACUUGACGCGCGCUCCGCAAUACUCAAUGUCACCGCGCGUGGGCCUGGCUACUAAGGGCGUGGGACCAGGCCCUAACUACUACGAUCUCAUGUACUACCGUCCUGGCAAAUCUGGUCAGGCCUACUCGUUCGGUGUCCGCCACUCUCAGUUCGCGCCGCCCAUGAUAGUUAGGUGUGAUAACAUGUAACAUGGGGGGGUGCAAUAUUAGAACAAAUAUUGUCAAAAUUUCAGUAAAAUAAAAAUAGUAAAAUUUA